AUGUCUCUGGCUCCAAAAAUUGAUGAAGUACGGAGUGUUAUUCUGGACGUAAACCCUGACUUGGGUUUUUUCACUGAAACAUGGCUUACAGAUCUCUCGAGUAUUGACAACCUGCAGAUCCCUGGUUAUCAUUUCCUCUCUCGCAAUAGGAAAAAUGGAAUGCUGCAUGGSGGAGUUGGUCUUUAUGUAAGGCAAGGAAUCCAGUACAACGUCUUGGAGGAUUUUUUCACAGAUGAUCUCGAUUCUCUUUGGGUACGGCUUAGACCAUCAAGGCUACCUCGAGGGGUACCCUGUGUAAUAGCAGGAUCCGUCUAUCAUCCACAAUUCGUCGAGGACAGGGCUAUGUUAGACUAUUUGWCUGCUACACUURCAUCUAUUGAAGGGUGGUCUAUCUUUAAUUCGCUUAGUUGUGAUGAAAUGUCCACCCUGUUGGAGAACUUAGUGAAAAUUGGUCUCGAUAACAUUAUGCCCAUCAAGUGUUCCAAUCUUCAUAUAAAUGACCCGCCCUGGGUCACACCCGAAUUCAAACAUCUUAUUAAACAGCGACAGCAAGCAUUUAAGUCGGGAAAUCAAGAGAGCUAUAACCAUUAUCGGAACAUUGUCAACCGCGAACGUAAAUCCCUUCGUCACAAGUUCUUCGAGUGCAAGGUUAAACAUCUCAAAGAAUCUAAACCAAGUCAAUGGUGGAACUCGGUGAAGAGGAUCGCAGGAAUGUCUCCAGCGUGUGGUUCUGAGGAUCUUCUGUCAAAGCUUGAAUCCUUCCGCAGCGAUGUGGUAUCUCCAAAAGAGCUUGCUAACRAGAUCAAUGCUGCUUUCCUUGAGCCCAUGAAAGAACUUCGGUGCUUCGAAGGUUCCCCUCCCGAGUCUGGGUCUGAUACCCUUCAYAUGUCUGAAGGCAAGGUGAGGGAAGCGUUGCUUGGACUUAACCCUAACAAGUCUCCAGGACCAGACGGGCUGCCAAAUUGGUUACUGCGCGAGUACGCUGACAUCCUGGCAUAUCCGGUGUCAAUGAUGUCCUGA